AAUACAGGAGAAAAAUGUUUCUUCUUCUGAGUUUCUUUGCCGUGUGUGAAAAUGGAUUAAAGUCGACUGAAAAAGUAAAAAUUUUCCCAUUUAUACCAAUUUUAUCACAAAAAAACUUCUUCCAAAUUGCAAAUAGACAUCCCAAUUGCAAUUUUGCAAUUUAGGGUGGGUGAAAUUUGAGAUUUUUAUGAAUGCCUGAGUGAAUUUGCUGGUUUAUGAAUGUUUUGAAUGCAAGAGAGAGAGAGAGAGAGAGAGUUGAAAAAUAUCCAGGAAGAGAGAAUAUUGUGGCUACUAAAAGAGGAGGCAUCCCAACAGCUUUUGUUUCUUCAAUCUUCUUAUGGGUUAGAAGAACUUUGGUGUGCAUAGAAGAAGAACUUGCAGGCAUUAAACACACACUUUAAGGGCAGUAUAGCGGGGAAGUGGAAGAGCUAAGGAGGCGCAGGAAGAGAAAGAAGGAAGGAAGAGGGAUUUGAUUGGGAAGAAAGAACAAAAAAAUGGCAAAUAUGAGCUUCGAGGAGGCACGGAAGUUGUUGAAUUUCAACGAGAAGCUGGACAUUGGUUUGCUGGAUAAUAUUGUUGAGAGCCUAUAUACCAGCCAAGGGGAGCAAUUGCGUAUGGCACAGGAAGUGUUGACAACGCUCAAGGAGCACCCGGAUGCAUGGACACGUGUCGAUACGAUACUGGAGUACUCACAGAAUCAACAAACCAAAUACUAUGCACUCCAAAUUCUCGAGGAAGUCAUCAAGACACGCUGGAAGAUCCUACCGCGCAAUCAGUGCGAAGGUAUUAAAAAAUACGUCGUGGGGCUGAUUAUAAAGACAUCGUCGGACCCCGCUGUGAUGGAGGCGAAUAAGGUGUACUUGAAUAAGCUCAAUAUAAUCCUCGUGCAGAUCCUCAAGCGAGAAUGGCCUAAGAAUUGGGAAUCAUUCAUUGGUGACAUUGUGGGGGCAUCCAAGACAAAUGAGAGUCUGUGUCAGAAUAACAUGCAAAUCCUCAAAUUACUCAGUGAGGAGGUCUUUGACUUCAGCUCGGGGCAAAUUACGCAGACAAAGGCGAAGCACCUCAAGGAUACCAUGUGCUCAGAAUUCUCCCAAAUAUUCCAGCUGUGCUCCUUUGUGCUCGAGGGCUCCCUCAAUGCACCCCUAAUUGCGGCAACGCUGGAAACACUGCUGCGCUUCCUCAAUUGGAUUCCCUAUGGGUAUAUCUUUGAGACAAAAUUGGUAUCGACACUCAUCAAUAAAUUCCUGUCUGUGCCAAUGUUCCGGAAUGUCACGCUGAAAUGCCUGUCGGAAAUUGCGGGGAUCACCGUGGACAACUACCGGCACAUCUACAUUGAAAUGUUCGAGCAAACAGUGGAGCAAUUUAGCGCCAUCAUCAAUCCCAUCACAAAUAUGAAUCACAUUUACUACAACGGCUCAGAUGCUGAGCAGAAUUUCAUCCAAAAUCUCGCCAUGUUCCUGUGCACCUUCCUCAAGGGGCAUGGGCCACUUGUUGAGAACAAUACAGCAUCAUUCAAUAAAGCCCUCCACUACCUCCUUCUCAUCUCCGAGGUGGAAGAUGUGGAGAUUUUCAAAAUUUGCCUUGAGUACUGGAAUAGCUUGGCGUCUGCGCUGUACAAGGAAAUGCCAUAUCAGGGACCCUUUCGCAUUGGCACCCCGUCGCGACGCAGCAUCUACGCCGAUACACUGUCAAAGGUGCGCUGCAUCAUGAUCUACCGCAUGGCAAAGCCCGAGGAGGUGCUCGUGGUUGAAAAUGAAAAUGGGGAAGUUGUGCGUGAAUUCAUGAAGGAUACAAAUGCAAUUAAUUUGUACAAGAGUAUGCGUGAGACCCUUGUCUACCUUACCCACUUGGAUUACGUGGAUACCGAAACGAUUAUGAUCUCACGAUUAAUGGAGCAAGUCAACGGGACGGAGUUUUCAUGGAAAAAUCUCAAUACACUGUGUUGGGCCAUUGGAUCAAUCUCGGGUGCUUUCCACGAAGAGGAUGAGAAGCGUUUCCUCGUCACCGUAAUCAAGGAAUUGCUGGGGUUGUGUGAGCAAAAAAAGGGUAAAGAUAACAAGGCCAUAAUUGCAUCGAAUAUCAUGUACGUCGUUGGGCAGUACCCGAGAUUCCUCAGGGCACACUGGAAAUUCCUCAAGACAGUCGUGAAUAAAUUAUUUGAAUUUAUGCACGAGACUCACGACGGCGUGCAAGAUAUGGCGUGUGAUACCUUCAUUAAAAUUGCCCUCAAAUGUCGCCGGCACUUUGUUACAAUGCAAGCCAAUGAAGCUUGUACGUUCAUUGAUGAAAUUCUCGGAUCGAUGAGUACCAUUAUGUGCGAUCUUCAGCCGCAUCAGGUUCAUACAUUCUAUGAAGCCGUGGGAUAUAUGAUUUCGGCACAGGCGGAUUGUGUAGCGCAGGAGGCACUAAUUGAGAAGUACAUGAUGCUACCGAAUCAGGUGUGGGAUGAAAUAAUAUCGCAGGCAUCGAAGAAUGUGGAUUACCUGAAGGAUAUGUCGGCCGUGAAGCAAUUGGGUAGUAUUUUGAAGACAAAUGUGCGUGCGUGCAAGGCACUUGGGCAUGUGUAUGUGACACAGCUGGGUCGCAUCUACCUUGAUAUGUUGAAUGUGUACAAAAUAAUGUCGGAGAACAUAAGUCAGGCCAUUGCAUUGAAUGGUGUGAAUGUGACGAAUCAGCCGUUAAUUAAGGAAAUGAAUGUCGUUACAAAGGAAACCCUCACGCUAAUUUCCGAAUGGAUAAGCAAAUCGUGCGAUCCGCAAUUGGUGAUGGAUAACUUCAUACCGCCACUGCUUGAGGCUGUCCUGUUGGAUUAUCAACGUACCAAAGUGCCAACGGCAAGGGAGCCCAAGGUAUUGAGUACAAUGGCAUCAAUUGUGAAUAAGCUGCAGGGCAGGAUAACACCACAUGUGCCGAAGAUUCUCGAUGCUGUGUUUGAAUGCACAUUGGAUAUGAUUAAGGAUAACCUGGAGGACUAUCCGCAGCAUCGUACCAAUUUCUAUGAUUUGCUCAAUGCUGUCAAUGCGCACUGUUUUGAGGCAUUCUUAAACAUACCACCUGCCCAAUUUCGUCUUGUCUUUGACUCCAUUGUAUGGGCAUUUAAGCACACGAUGAGGAAUGUGGCGGAAAAUGGAUUAAAUAUUCUCUAUCAGAUGCUCGUCAAUUUAUCAUCCCACCCGCAAGCAGCUCAAAGUUUCUAUCAAACCUACUUCACGGAUAUCCUCACGCAAAUUUUUGCCGUUGUCACGGAUACAUCGCAUACGGCAAAUCUGUUAAUGCACGCCCAAAUUCUCGCAUAUAUGUUCACAUUGGUGGAAACGGAUCAGAUUACCGUGAAUUUGGGUCCAAUUGCCAACAAUACUCUCUAUGUGCAGGAGUACGUGGCGUCAUUGCUGAAGAAUGCAUUUGCCCAUUUGACCGCUAAUCAGAUUAAAGUCUUCGUCACGGGACUUUUCAAUUUGGACCGAGAUGUUUCAGCAUUUAAGGAGCAUUUGAGAGAUUUCCUAGUUCAAAUUCGGGAGGUAACUGGUGAGGAUGAUUCUGAUUUAUUCUUGGAGGAACGUGAGAAUGCAUUGCGAUUGGCGCAAGAGGAUAAGCGACGCACACAAAUGUCCGUGCCUGGUCUACUGAAUCCGCACGAAAUGCAAGAUAUGCAAGAUCUAUAAUAGAAGCGGGAAAAAAAUAACAAUUAAGUGCGGGGGAUGAGAUAAAAAAAAAGAAAUGGCACCAUUAAUUUACAUAAAAGAGAGAGAGAGCGUAAUUCAGUGUGAACGAUUGAGCGGGUUAGUUCUUUUUUUUUUUAGAGAGAUUUGUAUUGAAAUUAUCACUACAAUUUACAAUUUUACAUGCAUUAAUUAAAAUUUUCAUCGAAUGGUAAAUGAGAGACAUCAGAGACAUAAUAUUGUUUAAUGUUGUAAAACUCAAAAGAAAAGAAAAGAAAAAAAGAAGAAAUGAUGGUGUUGUAAAUGAAAAAAAAGAAUCGAUUUGUCAGGAAAACAUUAAAGAAAAAAACAUAAAAUUAUUGAAUAUUGACUUAAUAAAAAAAGGCGAAAAUGGGUUAAUAAAAAACAACAGAAUGAUUUGAUAAAAUGAAAAUUAGACACCAAUUUUUUUUCUUAGAACAUUAAGCAGUAGCAUCAUCAUUUAAUAUAAAAGAAAAAACAAUGUAUAAUAAUGGAUAAUUGAGAUAAAAACGACAAAAUGAAAUUUAAAUAAAUAAAAUAAAAAUGAUUUUACAUAAUACUACUAUAGGUAAAAAUAAAAAAAAAAUGUAUUUCGUACAGCAACAGAAAAUCCAUUUUAGAGUGUGUGAGGUAUGUUGAAAAAAAAAUUAAACAAGAAUAAAAGUAAAUGAAAAUAAGAACAAUUUAGAAUUUAAAUCUUUGCAUAAAAUCUCAUUGAGAAAGCGUAUUAUGUUUGCUGUUAUUUGAAAGAGAGAGAGAGAGAGAAAACGUAAAAAAAAAGUGGUGAGAAUUUGGGAGUGAGAUUCUGAAUGAUGCGGGGGACUUAAUAAGUUUCUAUGUUUGAGUAUAUUCAUAAGAAAAAAAUAUAACAAUUAAAAAAAUAAUGAGAAAAGAUAGAAUGUAGAAAAAAAAACAUUUUAUGAUGAAAAUUUGAAAAAAAAAAAGAAGUGUAAGUGUCAUAGUACGAAAUUUCUUUUUUUUUUGCCUUUAAAUCCCAUUCAUCUGUAUAAAAAAAAGAUUAUCUUCUUUUUAAAAUUUGCGCGCCUUUAAACAUGUUAUUUUUUCUCUUUUAUUUGAGAUAAUUGAAAAAGGUUUUUUUUUUUUUUAAUUUCAGUAAAAACUAUUUUUACAUUUUACAAAUUCUCAAGUUUUUACCUUCACUUUAUUUUUUUUUUUAAUAUUAAUUAAAAUAUUUUUACUACCUACAUUAUUUAAAGAAAAAAUAAAAGAAUAAAUAGAGAAAAAAAAGAUGAAUAAUGCUGAUUUAUUAUGAAAUGAGUUCAAUGGGAAACGAUUUUUCAAUUAAUGUAUGAUUUUGUAUGAUGGAAAUAAAAUUUGCAAAAAUUGAAA